AUGGAGUCAGAAACAAAGACACUCGCUAGUAAUGUGGCUCGAGAGAUUUUAGUCAUCUCUAAUUCUGACUCCACUGUUGAUGAUUGCAAAGCAGCAGUCACAUAUCUCGAAUCGGUUAAGGCAGGUAAUGUUGGGGCUUUGUCACAAGUUUCGUUUCUUCUUGUGGAAAACGACUGGCCUCUACAAGUUCGUACGUAUGCCUCUAAAAUGCUGCAGUAUUUGGUUAGACUGCGGUGGGAUGAAUUGAGCCCCUCUGAGCACAUGGAUAUUAAGGGCGCCUCCUUUGAACUGAUGUCUGAGGUAGCUAAUCCUUGCGAAGAAUGCCCAAUGAAAAGUGAAACAGUCGCUCUUGUAGCUGAGAUAUUUGAAAGGGCAGAUCCGGAGAUGUGGCAGGAAAUGUUUCUCUCACUAGUUUCCCUGUCCUCUCGAGGCCCUUUACAGGCAGAAUUGACUUUGAUGGUGGUGAAACGGCUUUCUGAAUAUCAUAUAGAUCAUAUUAAGGAGUUGGAAGACAAGAAGCAUAGGUAUCUGACGCAGGGGCUUCCUGAUAUUUUGGUUUGGUUGCAUGAUCUUCUUGAAAAACACUUUGAGGCUGCAAGGAAUGCAGAAGGGCGGCAGAAGGUUGAGUUGGUAAAGCAGCAUUCAGAUGCAGUUGUUGCUUGUUUGAAUGCCAUCAACUUAUUCGCAGAAUGGGCUCCAGUUUUAUAUCUUUCUGAAUACAGAAUUGUUGACCAGUGUGCAUCCCUACUUUCUUCUAGCGAGUUCUGCCAUCUUGCUUGUAUGUUCUUCAAACUUAUCUGUUCAAGACUGAUGACUAGUUCUGGUGUUAUAAAUGGAAGUGAAUACGACUUUGCUGAACGUAUCUGUAAAAUUAUGGUUUCUCUAGGCUCCACAAAUUUACAGUGCAUCUUCGCAGAUAGCGGUGCCCUGGCUCUUUAUCUGAAACAGAUGCUCGAGUAUCAACACUUUAAGUUCGGUCUCCACUUUGGGUCACUGUUCUUCUGGCUGGCGUUGAUGGAGAAUUUAAUCCCAGACCCCAAAGCUCCUAACCCAGGUGGAAAGGGAUCAGCAAGUGAGAUUGUCAAUAGUUCUGGGCACCUAGAUGGGGGAAAAAGGGAGCUUUUACGCCGUAUCGAUGAUGAUACCGCUAGCACAAUUUUGGAUGUUUCUUUCCAACGGUCCAAUAAGAAGGACGAAGUCCCUCCUGGAACAAACCUUUCCCUUGAACUAUCAGACUGUAAAGAUAAAGAAGAGUUUUGCAAGUACCAGCGGAGGCUUUUUGGUUUGAUCAAACUCAUCUCUUCUCACAAGCCCAUCAUUGCCAGUAAAAAAAUAUCCUCCAGAACGACCAUGCUUAUUAAAAAUAUAUCGGUUCCUUCGGCGCCUUUUCAGUAUGCAGCUGCUAUGAAGAUCCAGAGUACUGCUUUGGAAAGUAUUAUGCGUAGCCUUUUCUGUGGAUCAAAUGAGUUUGCUGGUGGUAGUUCUGAAGUUCAUUUUCAACUCCAAGUGAUAUUUGAGGACUUGCUUCAGGAGCUUCUUUAUGUAAAAUGGACUGAACCAAUACUUAUUCAAGCACACGGGGAUUAUCUAAAUGCGAUGAUUCCUUUCCUCAAGUUUUUGCCAGAUGCGGUUGGAAGUGUUAUCAACAAGAUGUUUGCACUUCUUGCCUCUCUUCCACCAGUUAGUCAUACAUGUAAAGUUACAAGAUUAAGCAUCUGCUCAUCUUUGACGCGUGUAGCCAAAGCUGCUGACAAAAGCAUUAUUCCUCACUUGAAGGGUCUAGCUGAUACAAUGGCACAUAUGCAAAAAGAAGGAACUUUGCUCCCUGGUGAGCAUAGUAGUCUUGUGGAAGCUUUUUUUGCUAUGACUUCUGCGUCAGGAGCUGAAGCGCAGCAAGAUAAUUUUGCUUCGUUAAUAGAACCAGUGCGCCAACAGUGGACUCAACCAGAGUGGCAAAAUGAAUAUCUAUCUAGUCCCUCUGGUUUUGUUCGUUUGUGCUCCAACCCGGCCUUAAUGUGGUCUAUUCUCAACACAGUCGUGCUCUUUGAGAACGCUCUCAAGGGAUGCAGAUUCAAGAAAAGGAAGUUGAACAGAAGCUCUGAGAUGAGUCCUCUGGCUUGUCACCUUUCUUGGAUACUACCACCCCUCUUAAAACUGUUUCGUGUCAUCAAUUCUCUGUCUUCUCCUGCUGUAUAUCAAACAUUACCCACAAAAUCCAAAGCAGCAAUGAAGAUACUGGAAUUCGAGUUACAGAGCGUCCGAGGAAUCUGGAGCCGUAAACCACCAAAGGGCUUAUUUACUUAUUCCAGUCAAGGAAGCACCUCUGAUAUUCAAAAUUGGCUGAAAGCUAUUCGUGAUAGCGGAUACCGUGUAUUGCAUCUCUCUGUAACUAUGGGGGACACGUUCCACACAUCCAUUGAUGCUAAUUCCGUUGCAGUGGCAUUCAUGGAGAAUAUGUGGUGGAUGGAAUUCAGACAUAUAAAGCAGCUCAUCAAUUCCUUUGUAGUUUAUCUUGUCAAAGACUGUCCUGCAGAUAAGUGGAAGUCAUGGCUUGAAGUACUCCUAGUCCCUUUAUUGACACACUGUCAGCGAGCUCUUAGCUCCUCGUGGACUAGUUUUCUGCGCCACGGCACAGCCAAUGUUCCAGAUCUGCGCAGCUUUGAAGGUGAAAAGAACUUCAAACAGCUGGAACAAAAGCUGCUCAUAGAUUUGACUCGGGCCACUGCGGAUUUGCUUUCAAAGAUGUCUGCUCCAGAAUUAAACACAGGGAUUCCUACUUUGAAGCACUCAGACGAACUUGUUUAUGGUGAAAUCUCUUUUCUCAAGGAUUUUCAUGCGCUUAAAUCCAGCUCUUUGUCUCCUCUUGAGUUGCAGAAAGUUGACCCAUCCAGUAUUGCAGUUUUGUUUACAAGCCUGCACCUGGACAGAUGGUGGAACAAUCAACAAUCACCAAGCGUUAUUCAUCUAGCCAUAAUGACAAACAACGAAGAGCUCAGAGAGUUUGUUUCAAAAGAUUUGUUUCAUGCACUCAUCAUGAGUUUGACCAUAGCUGACAAUAUGAAAAACAGUUCCAUUUUAGUUGGUAUGUGCAGUGAAAUAUUUGUUUAUCUUUCCCAGAGGCACCAAGCUCCACGACAGGUUUUGCUGUCACUCCCUCGUCUCACUCCCGAUGAUCUGCGUGCUUUUGAAAAAGCUUUGGCAGGAACUUCUGAGCCCAAAAAACAGAAGCAACUUACGAGAAGCCUCUUGUCAUUAGCUAUUGGGAUUAGCUUAAAUAACAGUUAA